GAGACACUUUGGCUGCUCUCAACAGAACUAUCGGGUUAUGUUUUAUUUCUGACUGGAUCCAGAUGUUCAGAUGGGCUGAAAGAUGAACGUACAGAUGUUAACACGUCGUCAUCCAGGCUGCAGGUCCUCUGAGGUCCUGGUUUUCCACCCAUGAGGUUCUGACCCGUCUGAGGUGAGCCGGCCCAGCCGGGCCUCCGGGCUCAGCCAGCAGCUGGGAGCACGUUCACCUCUGAUGACCGGCAGGCUGCUGGUCCAUUCGCCAUCGACCGCUCUGGUCCAGAACAGCCAGCGCUGGCAGGGAUCAAUCUGCUUCAGUUCUGACCCAGCAGACCGCCGGUGGACGAUGAGCUCGUAGGACAUCAGCAGCUCAGUUCUCACUUUUCUCAUCGAGGAUGACGGCUCUACUAAUGUAAAAAAAAUGGGAGACUGGAAUUUCCUCGGAGGCAUCUUGGAGGAGGUGCACAUCCACUCCACCAUGGUCGGCAAGAUCUGGCUGACCAUCCUGUUCAUCUUCCGGAUGCUGGUGCUGGGCGUGGCCGCCGAGGACGUGUGGAACGACGAGCAGUCCGACUUCAUCUGCAACACGGAGCAGCCCGGCUGCCGGAACGUCUGCUACGACCAGGCCUUCCCCAUCUCCCUGAUCCGGUACUGGGUGCUCCAGGUGAUCUUCGUGUCCUCGCCCUCCCUGGUGUACAUGGGUCACGCCAUCUACCAGCUGCGUGCUCUGGAGAAGGAACGCCACUGCAAGAAGGUAGCCCUGCGCCGGGAGCUGGAGGCUGUGGAUGCGGAGAUGGUGGAGGUGAAGAGGAGGAUCGAGAAGGAAAUGAGGCAGCUGGAGCAGGGGAAGCUGAACAAAGCGCCGUUGAGGGGCUCGCUGCUGUGCACCUACGUGGCCCACAUUGUUACUCGCUCCGUGGUGGAGGUGAGCUUCAUGAUGGGUCAGUACAUCCUCUACGGACACCGCCUGAACACGCUGUACAAGUGUGAGAGGGAGCCGUGUCCCAACGUGGUGGACUGCUUUGUGUCCAGGCCCACGGAGAAAACCAUCUUCAUGAUGUUCAUGCAGUCCAUCGCCUGCAUCUCCCUCUUCCUCAGCCUGCUGGAGAUCAUGCAUCUGGGCUUCAAGAAGAUCAAGAAGAGCAUCUUGAACUACUACCCGCACCUCAAGGACGACCUGGACGACUAUUAUCUCAACAAGUCCAAGAAGAAUUCGGUUGUGCAUCAGGUCUGCGUUGGGACGUCGGUGGGGCGUAAGAGUACGAUUCCCACUGCUCCCAGUGGGUACACGUUACUGCUGGAGAAACAGGGCAAUGGACCCAACUACCCGCUCCUCAGCGCCUCCUCUGCCUUCGUCCCAAUACAAGGGGAUCUCGGUGCAAAGCCGGACAGCCAUAAGGACGCCAAGGAGGGAGUGCCGAGCCCCACGGAGCAGAACAGCAACUCCAACAACACCAGCAGUGAGACGCGCUCGCCUCCUGUGGACAAACAGGACGAGCCGGAGGAGCUUUGCAUGACCCACCGUGACGACCUGGACUGCGGGAGCUCCGAGUACCCCACCCUGCCUGUGGCGGACGCCUCGUCCUCCACCACGCUGUCCGGCAUAGCGAGAAAGACGCGGAGGCUCAGUCCGCCGUGGAACUGCUCCACGGUGGUGGAGGGCAACUGCUCGGACAGCGGAGACUCCUACCACGGAAACGCCAGCACCAAGAUGCGCAGCAGCGGCGCCGGCCCCAGAGCCAGGGCCGUCUCCAAGUCGGACCCAAAGAGGCCGAGUCGGUCCCAGAGUCCGGACUCCGUGGGGGAGCUGAGCUCGGUGUCUCGACACAGCCGGGAGAGCAACAGUCCCGUCACUUCGUCUCCCAACCGGAGAGUGUCGGCGGCGAGCAGCGGGAGCAGCAGACGAGCCCCGACCGACUUACAGAUUUAAAACGGACUCCGUACACAGACCCGCACAGACAUCCUGAUCCGGUCCUUUCUCUAGACGUUUCUGCCAAACAGCCACAAGUCCCUGAAAUAUCUGAAGUGCUCUUUUACAGUUGCUCUCCAGGGUUUUUGAAGGUCUCUCAAAGCCUGAGUUUAGACCUUGGCUGCUUCCACUCAUCAACCGAUAAACUAUAAGUGUAGAAAUGCUCCAG